AUGAGAAGCGCUGAGAAACAGAAGGGUGGAAGACAAAGAAGCCGUGCCGGGAACGUGACGAGAGUUCCAAACCAUCAUCCCACCCGGCACGGGAUUGAAGUGAAGUUUCUCUUGGCCUGUCAUUUCUGGCGGCUCGGGAGAGAGAAAUCCGAGAAGUACCCACGCGCUGUUGAAAGUUUCGGUGUAAAGGAUAGAAGAGGAAGUGGUGUCGAAGAAAGUAAAUAUUGCCAAAGCGUUGGCCCAAUAAAAGCUCGUAUCAAUAUGGGAUGGUUUGAACAACAAACACUUCAGAAUAAUAUUAUGACUAUCAAAAUUGAGGAAGUGUCACGAAGAAGAGCAUGUCAUUUGAUGAAAGGACACUCGGAACAUCGAUCGAAUGCUUGGCGACCGGAGGAAGUUUAUAGGACGUGCGUACAAGCGCUGGAAGGCCGAUGUUCGCGUCGAAGUAAGCUUAUCCAUGAGCAAAAACUAGCUGUCAAGGAGUUUAUCGCAAAGGUUGAGAUUAUUCUGCUGAAUGAGUUGGGCAGAAGUCUGGAAGCGGCGAAUGAGCCUGACCGACGAUUGAUCUCGCGGUUGAAUAGGGCUCUCGCAUCAUACGAUUCCAAUGAUAUUGGAAUGUAUCAUGUGCCGUCGCCGUCUCGUCCCGCGUGGAAAACCUGGAACCUGGACCAAGAAGACCCCGUUAGAAUGAUGCAGGUAGUUGAUACUGUAUCGGAGCUGCUGCAGUUACCCCGCGAAGAGUCUUAUGAGAGUCGAUCCGAAUGGAAUCCGCGCCAUGCGGCUGAGGUGAUAGCGGCAUCUCUUGGCGCCAAACUACCCACGGACAGCUCGAGUCUAUUCCGAUUGUUCAGUUCCCGCGCCACAUCUCCCGAUCGUAAGUCGGACAUGUCGGAGGUGGACAGCCGACGUCGCGGGAAUAGUGUGGACUCCUUCCGAAGGACGAUGCCGUUGGAGCCGAAUGUGUUCGUUCGCGACCGGCCAGUGGCGAUGUCUUUUCGAGAGCGCUCCGUUGCUUCCGACGAUGCCCAUACUGUACACAGCCUUGUG